CAUCCUUGCAUCGUAGUUCUUUCUCGUCAAUCAACCAAGCAAUCACACUUUGUUUCAGCCAACGAUGACGGAAAAAGAUGAUCUUGGACUGACAAUCAUAGUAAUGAAAGGCGACUCAUUAUCUAGGAACAGACAGGUAGCAUUCAACUUAGCACGAUUCCUCAAAUGCACUCUCAUCGACAUUCACGACAUCCACCAAGCCAUUCAAAAACCCUCCUCCUCUCAAACCAACAACAACAACACCGAAGAAUCUCCGGCCCUAGAUGCUGCAUACGGCUUUGCUUCGACGCAGCUCAGUUUGAAGUUCCCCGUCAUCAUCAACGGGCCCCACCCGCUCCCCCCUGGCGCCACCAUCGGCAACUUGUGGGGACCACUACUCGCGGCUUCUUCCGGCGCUCGCCUCGUCGCCGUCGAAUGUCACCAUCGAGACGACGCCGUUGCUGCCAAAGGUGACGAUGGCAUCUCAUCGGUCCACGUGGACGCCGAGACAUUCGACAGUAGGGAAGCCGAAGGUGUCGUGUCCAAGAUUCGCUUACUUUUACGUCAACAGAAGCAUAACAGUACUGCCAUGACGCCGUCCAACAAUAGUAAGGUGGUGGCGAAAGGAAAAGAAAAAGGAAAACAGAGAAGGAAGAACGACCACUUGCACGAAUGGGUGAAGAAGAAACCGAUGUACAGCAACACCGCCGAAGGCUUGGCGUGCAUCGCAUGCCAGGACAGAAACGACGACGGUCAGAUCGGGACGGUGAAGUCUUACUACCAGUGCACCGACUGUGACUUUGCAUUGCACAAACACUGCGCCAAGAAACCGUACAAAACCGUCAGCGUUCUGGCCCUUCUGGACAGAUGCCCGCCGUCUCUGAAAUCACACCACCGACCAAAAGGGUACGAAUUUUCUUCCAAGGUUAAAUGCAGAAACUGCCGCAACGACGACGAUGACGUGGAGGAGGAGGAGUUCUCCGCCGUGGACGACUGCCACGAUUGCCUGAUGCAGACGAACCUUCACCACAAGUUCUUGCCAACUGUGCUAAGGAAUGAAGAAGCGCACAAGGAUCACCGUCUGAAUCUGGUGAUCAUGCCGUUUGGUUAUGAUUACAAGUACUACUGCGCCGACUGCGGCGCAAUCGGGUACUCGGUCGGAUACAAAUGUUAUGAGUGCAAUGAACGGCCCAAUUACCACGUGGAUUGUGCCCUGUUGCCUGCUGCUUAUAAAAAAACUUCUGGCGGACUCAGUAGUGCAGUGAUGGCACUAAUGCCGCCAGACCUUUUGCCGUUGGAUUUCCAAUAUUUGUAUGAGGACGGUUGAUUAUGACCAUCACUUAAAUCAUGUAGGUUGAACCAGCAGGUUGAACCGAUUGUAUAUUUAAAUAAAUUAUUAUAUAUUUUAAUAUUAAAACAAAAUGUAAACGUUGGUUCAUUAGUUAUUAUUAAUUUUUUUAUUUUUUAUUUUGUUUCUAAUUUUUUAUUUCUUUAUUUUUUAUUAAUUGAAUAAUUAAACCAGAGCCACCCAAUAAAUUAAAAACCCUACCAUCUUGACCGGUUAUAAUUAUAUGGCGGCACUAAUGCAACCACUGCACCGUAGAAUUCCCCCUUCGUAGGUAUUACCACCCAUGAGUAAUUAUACCCAAACCCAAGUAGACCCAUUGAUAAUGGGUUGGGUAUGGGUGAAGUGCAUAUGGGUUUGGGGGGUUUAUAGAUGGGUUUGGGUAAGGUAUGGAUAUUCCUUCCAUAAUCUAAAUGGCUAUGGGUUGGAUAUGGAUAUCCAUUUACUUUAGGGUGUUUUAACUACACAUGCAAAAAGUGGACCUAUUUGUAAAACUUGAAAAGUUUAGGUACCAAAAUGUAAGACCGAAAAAAUUUAGGUACCAAAACGUAAUUUUCCAUCGAUAUUUUGAGGACUUAUAUGCAAAAAAAAUUAAUUUAGGUACUAAAUAUGCAUAUCUAUUCAGUUUGGGUACCAAACUGUAAUUUGUAUUUGGGCAUGGGUACAAAUCCAAAUCCGUUUGAUAUAAACCCAAUUCAACCCAAAGUAAAUGGGUAUGGGUACAAACCCAUCAAACUCUACCCAUAUCCAUCUAUUUGGAUUUCAUACCCAACCCAAUUGGGUUGGAUAGUAAGAAACCCAUGGGUAUGGACAAAGUUGUCAUUCCUAUUCGUAAGUUUAUGCCGCCGCUGCCGCCGCCUCGUUCUCGUUCAAUUGCUAUGUCUCGUCCUUCUUCUCCCAUUUCGCGGGAAUAAAUGGAGUCGACGUAUAGUGAAAGGUACAAGAGUUUUAGGAAUAAUAAUUUGUACCUUGUAUUAUGAAACCACAAAACUGUUUAUAUAUAAUACAAGAAGACUUGUAAAAGAAAUAUAACAUUAUUCUUAAUCUAUCUCUAACAGAAGGAAGCACUUUAAUUUCUCUGUUUCAGUUUGAGCGUUUGUUUCCCUUUUUAAUUGUUUAGUUACCAUAAGGUUUAUGAACUUUAUCGUUCUGCGUGGAUUGGCCUUGGGUUUGUAAUUCAUAUUAUAUUGGCUCAAGGUUUGAAAUAAUAAGUUCUCAUCACCACCACUUAAAGAGUGAAUUGCGAAUAAUUAUAUAUCUGAACUUUUAAUCUUGGGUAUAGUUCAAUUCUUUUUUAUCUCGUUUCAACCACAACUAUUGUUUAAGAGAUAAAUUAUAAAUAAUUAUAUAUGUCAAUGACGUAGCACUCACGUUUUCUGUCCUUUAUUGUUUUUUUAUUAUUUUAAUUUCAAAAUAUAAAUAAUUAUACUUGUUAAUGACGUAGCAGUCACAUUUUUUUCACGUCGACAAAAAGUCAACAAUAGUUGAAUUUGUAAUGUGUCAUUCGUUAACUUUAUGUCUUUCAUUUAUCAAUACCGUAUUUUCCUACGUAUACUACGUGUUAUCAAUGAAUCUUUCACUUCUUGUCUUUCAUCAUAUUCGAUUUUAAAUGACUUUACGUGUUCAAUCAUGUACUCUUCUUAUAAGUUAGGUAUAUACUUUUCUUAGCAAGGAAAAGAUGUGUGGGUCAUGACUCAUGUACGUACAUAUAGUAGUUCCCAUUUUCUUUGCCCAAGUUACGUUCUUCGCAAGGAAUUAAAUUAGUUAUGCUUGCGGGCUGCUGGGUUUCCUCUAAUCACAAGUAAUAUAUUCAUUGCUUCUCCGCCAAAAAAUUAUAUGUAUGUGAUUAGACGACAAAAGUGGAAAUUAAAGUGUUAAUAAUUAC